UCAAAAUUAAUGUGACAUGUUUGCUUUGUCACCAGCAGCUAGAUUUACGUCAGAGUAUAUCUGCUGUGUUCAGUGUUCAUUGUGGCAACUGCAGCUGCUCAUUCAUCUCAAGCCUGAUGUGCUCAUGUGUUAUCAUUUUUUCUCCACUGACAGGGAAGAGGAGAAGAAAAGGGUUGGAGGGAAGAGAGGCGGAGGGUGUGGUUUCACCCUGGCGGAUCAUUUUGCCUCUUGCUCCUGACCUGAUUUCCUCUUAGUGUGUUCAUCAGUGCACGCUGAUGCAUCUCAUCCAUCAGAGUCAAACACUUAUGUUUGUUCAGGUCCUGGACGGUCUGGGCUCAACUGUGUGAUGUCUGCACCUGAAGCCAAGUGCAGGUGACUGUGGACUCUGCCUUCCAGCCACCAUGAACGUAACCCCUGGCAGCUGCACGGCAGAGAUGCCCUACGGAUUCCAGCCCCGACUCAAAGGCCUGUACAUCGCUGCCGAGCUCUUCAUCGCCGUUCUGGCCAUGAUUGGGAACGUUCUGGUUUGCCUGGCUGUCGCUCGCAACAAGCGACUUCGCACGGUCACAAAUUACUUCCUGGUGUCUCUGGCGGUGGCGGACAUCCUGGUGGGCCUGCUGGCCAUUCCCUGUGCAGUGCUCACAGACCUGGGUCAACCUCGGCACGACCUGCCCCUCUGCUUGGUGCUGCUCAGCAUCCUGAUGGUGCUCACACAGAGCUCCAUCCUGAGCCUGUUAGCGGUAGCCGCAGAGCGCUACAUGGCCAUCCUCCUGCCCUUCCAGUACCAGCGCGUCAUGAGUCCCAGGAACGCCCAGGUGGCUCUGAUGGUCACGUGGGGACUCGGGGCCAUCACCGGCACCGUGCCGCUGAUGGACUGGAAAAGGCACCCAGUGAAUGCUGACUACUGCAUCUUCACCUGUGUGGUGGACAUGUCCUACAUGGUCUACUUCAACUUUUUCUGCUGCCUCCUGCUGCCGCUCGUGGCCAUGUUCGUCAUUUACGGGCACAUCUUCCUCACCGUCCGGCACCAGCUCAAACGCAUAGCUAUGGUCAGCGGAACUGCAAAGGAUGUGACCACUUCUGGUAGUGGGAGCACUGGGACAGAGGUCACUGGAAGUUCAGGGACGAGCACUGGUGCUAAAGUGCACGCGAGAACAGGACAAGAGGGAGACAAAGACCAGAAGAGAAAAUGUGAUGCUGAUGUUGCUGGGCAAGAAACUGAGUCCGGUGUCAUGUCUUCUAUUGAAACCGAUACCGCUGCAGUCUUCACAAAGCCAGGCUGCAGGACGGACUCUGGUUCUGCUCCACAGCAGUCCACCGUGGGAAAAUGCAAGGUGAGCAUACGUCAGGAGCUGAGGAAGGCCACCUCCUUCUUCCUGGUCCUGUUCCUCUUCAUGCUGUGCUGGAUGCCCAUCCACAUCAUCAACUGCAUCCUGCUGUUCUGCCCGAACUGCGAGGUCCCAAUGAGCGCCACACUCGCCACCAUUUUGCUUUCCCACGCCAACUCGGCUCUCAACCCGAUCCUGUACGCUUACAGGAUGAGGUCAUUCCGACGCACGCUGAUAGGCAUGUGGAAGGGGACGUGGUGCGUCGGACUGAGACACCAUUAACACCAGCACCACAGUUUUAAAACGUACCUGACACUGAACAAACAGGCACUGCGUGAAUUUUGAAGCAUAAUAGAAAAUGUAUAUAUGAUAUGUACUGUAUACUGUAUCAUGUGUGUGCUCUAUGUAUAUAUGGCCUGUUGUUUUGGGGCAGAGGUUGAUUUACAAAUUUGGGCUCGGAGACACAGGGGCCCUUUAGAAGUAUGUAACAGUACAUUUGUAUUUUAUUCAACACCCUUUUUUAAAUAAUAAACUGUUUAUAAACUACACCACUCAUUCUGUAUUCUUAUAUAAAGUAAUAAAUACAAUAACAACCAUAAACAAUUCACAAGGGGUUUUGAUGACAUAUAGUUUUUCAAUUGAAGGUGUGCACACAUACACUAAUUUAUAGACUGUUAAGAGAAUUUUAUUAAGCUGUUUUUAAAUUGUGUGAUAAUGAAGGUCUGGACAUUUCUGUGGCUACUUUCAAGUUGCUCAAUAGUUUGAGUGAACAAACAUCAAAGCAGAGCAGAGUUAAAUCAACAUAACUGCGUGCUUUAUUGAUAUACAGUAAAGCAUUUUAUGAUACAGUAGUAAGGCAUAUAUUUGGUGGAAUCUGAUAUGUUGUGACGUGUUGACAGGUUAUUUGAGAAAGGAUGUGACAAUGAAACAAAUGUUAGACAAUAAAAAACAAAGAAAAUCAAAUCAAAUUCAGUGUCUGGAUCAGAAACAAACUCUUGGAUCAUGCUGAAGAUAUGAUGCCAAUAACAUGUGUAAUGUCAGAGAAUCUCUGAGUGGUUAUAAUUAAAUAAGGAUGGAUUUGAUUUAGUCACACAUGCCAAUGCCUCACGGCACAAACCAAAGAAAAAGCUUCGUAACCAAACAAAA